AGCUCUCGGAGCAGAGAUUAGGGUUUAUCCGCGUCGCCGCCCAUGUCGAAGAAGCGAGGGCUUUCCUUGGAGGACAAAAGGGAGCAGCUCUUACAGAUCUUUUACGAAAGCCAGGAUUUCUAUCUGCUUCGUGAGCUAGAGAAGCUCGGCCCACGAAAGGGUGUGAUCAGCCAGGCUGUCAAGGACGUGCUGCAAAGCCUGGUGGAUGAUGAUCUUGUCUUCAAAGAUAAGAUAGGCACCUCAGUAUAUUUCUGGAGCCUUCCUAGUCGCGCAGGACAUCAGCUUCGCCAAGUUCGAGCAAAGCUCGAAGCUGACUUGUCUGCAACGAAGUCCCAUCGGCUGGAGCUGGAAAAGAUGAAGGAAUCGUCCAAGAAAGGAAGAGAAAACUCGGAUGAGAGGGAGGCGGCAAUAGCUGAGCUCAACGAAAUGGAACAAGAACACAAAGCUUUGAAGGAUGAGCUCGAGCAAUAUGCGGACAAUGAUCCAGCUCUCUGCGAGAACAUGAAAAACGCCACAGAGAUUGCUCAUCAAGCGGUGAAUCGCUGGACAGACAACGUCUUCUCUCUCCAGAAUUGGUGCAGCAACAAUUUCCCCGAGGCAAAAGAGCGGCUGCAAUCAGUCUAUAAAGAAGUGGGAAUAAAUGACGACUUCGAUUACCUCGAUUAACAGAUCCAAGGACAAGCUCUUCUUUGCGAGAUCUGUGACUGUCAGUAAGUAAAUGUGUUCUUAAAUAACUACACUAUGUGUUAUCAGAUCAA